AUGCUGCUCCCAGAACCAGGCCCGGAAGUAAGCCGUUUAUUGACAAUAUGGCCGCCGAGCUAGGGUUGGAUUUGGGGAUAAUUUUGAUUUGACAGCACAGACCCCGGAGAAGGUUCCGAAGCCGAACCGACGUGGUCCUCGGGGAGUGCGCGGAGCAGAUGCGUUUGAAUGACGGCGUGCGUGGGACGUCCACGGGACGGUGAUAGCGAGCCGAGGAAGCGUCCAGAGCGUGAAACCCGUCAUGUCGUUUUUUAAGAGGAAAGCCAAAAGCAAGGAACCUGAGAGGGUAUCAGAUGCUAAAGUUAACAAAGCUCCAGUCAUCCCUCAGUCUCCGUCACAAGGACCGAGGAACCACAAUGCCGUCCUGGAUGUCGCCGGGCCAAGCCACGUGGCCAUCAGCGCCAUAUCUGCCAACAUGGACUCCUUCGCCCGGGGCCGGACCGCCAUCCUUAAGAAGCAGCCGAGCCACAUGGAGGCGGCGCACUUCGGAGACCUUGGUCAUUCCAGCGUGAAUUAUCAGCCCCAGGAGACGCGCUCUCGGAUGUCUAAGACAGUGGACCAGGUCCUGAGAGACAAUGUUGCGAUGCCCCACUUCAUGCAUUGCAUGGAGCACCGGCGCGCCGAUCACCUGGUUCGGUUCUGGCUUGAAGCCGAGAGUUUCCGCUCCGCCAGCUGGUCGCGCGUCCGAGCGCAGAACCUCAACUCGGUCAAACACAGCUCGCUGGCCGAGCCGGUAGCCCUCCCCCCGGAUGGCCCAGAGCUCGACCAGAACACGCUCAAUGACGUCGCCCUUCACAACAGCCGUGGAAACCCUUCGCCGCUGUCCAACCGGAGGGACUCCACCAGCGCAGAAACGGACCCGAAAGCCAACCCGUCUCGGGCAGAGACCCCCAGCAGACAGGCCCCUUCCAGGACAGGGACUCCCUGCAAGGGGCAGUCCAACAGCACUCUGCGGGACCUCUCCGACACGCUCAUGAAAAGUAUGGAAAAGGAUGCUGUUACCAUCUUCACCAAAUACAUUUCUCCAGAUGCGGUGAGGCCCAUCCCCAUCACAGAACAGAUCAGAAACGAUAUAGUUGCUAAGAUUUGCGGAGAAGAUGGCAUGGUGGACCCAAACUGCUUCGUCAUUGCACAGUUGGUUGUCUUCUCCAUCCUGGAACAACAGCACUUUACUGACUUCCUGCGGAGCCACCAUUUCUGUAAAUACCAGAUUGAAGUUUUGACGAGUGGCUCCGUGUUCCUGGCUGACAUCUUGUUCUGUGAGUCAGCUCUCUUCUAUUUCUCAGAGUACAUGGAGAAGGAAGAGGCGAUGAACAUACUACAGUUCUGGCUGGCUGCGGAUAACUUCCAGAACCAGUUAGCAGCUAAAAAAGGCCAGUAUGACGGUCAGGAGGCUCAAAACGACGCCAUGAUCCUCUAUGAUAAGUAUUUCUCACUCCAGGCUACCAACCCUCUGGGCUUCGGCGACUCGGUGAGGAUGGAGAUAGAGUCGAAUAUCUGCCGAGAGGGAGGGCCCCUCCCCGACUGUUUCACCACUCCUUUAAGACAAGCCUGGACCACCAUGGAGAAGGUGUACCUGCCCGGCUUCCUGUCCAGCAACCUUUACUACAAAUACCUGAGCGACCUCAUCAAUUCAGUGCGGGGGGAUGAGUUUGUGAGUCUCGGCACUCAAGGUCAGGGCGGGCCGGCAGACAACGACCGCUCCAGUUCCAAUGCUAGCGAGAGCUCCCAGGCUCAGCAGGGAGCCAAAAAAGCAGCCAUCAAGAUUCUGAAGAACUUUGACGAGGCGAUUACUGUAGACGUGGCCAGUCUGGAUCCUGAGAUGCUCUACCAGCGGCCGUACGCUGGAAAGAUGACUUUCGGAAAGGUGAACGAGUUGGGUCAGUUCAUCAGGGAGGCCGAGCCAGAACCGGAUGUGAAAAAAUCAAAAGGUUCCAUGUUUUCUCAAGCGAUGAAGAAGUGGGUCCAGGGCAACUCGGAUGAGGCCCAGGAGGAGAUGGCGUGGAAGAUAGCCAAGAUGAUUGUCAAUGAUGUCGUCCACCAGUCGAACCACGACAGCCCCGGCAAGUCCACCAAGUUAUGACCUCACCGAGGAACCAAAGGACGGUAACCCCCCCCCCGCCCCCCUUCCUGCAGACUCCGGCUAAGUCGGUGAUGAUCUGUCGGCUGGAUGUGCACUGCAGUGAACUGCUUUACUCCCGCAAAGAACAAAGAAUUUUAUUACCUCCCCAUUUACCUUACGUUUGUGUGCGCGCGCUGCUGUUGGUGUGGGUGAGUGAUUGUUACGCAUGGACCGAGACUAAACUUGAAGUACUUCAGUCUUCUGUCUCUAAAACACUAUGAAGAUGCCCAUCAGGUGCCAGAGGAGGGUGCUCGCAUUAAAGUAGAGGGAGACACUCCUAUAGAGGGAAGCAUUCAGCACGAGUCCAGAAGAAAGCUGGCACAGAGCAGCAGCCUGUCGGGACUACGGCGCCUGCUUAGCUCGGACCUAAAGAGGAUUCUCCAAGGACUGAAUGAAAUUCACUCCCACUCAGCACCUUUUUUUUUUUUUAAAAGCAUUCCUUGUUUUUACAUGAUCUUACAUGAGUUUGUCUCGCCUGGCUCUGCCACUUAGAGCCCGUCAGCUAGGAGAAAUGUACAGUUUCUGUUACUUUGUCACAAAAUCAAGUGUGGUUUACUAAUUUAAGCUGUCCUUCCCCGGCCAUUUGUGUACUGUAGAACAUCUUGCAAUGUGUGAUGUCGAAACAGACAAAGAGCUGAUCCAGUGCUUAGACUGGCUGACGUUCUUCGUGAAUAUCAAGGCACCUUUACAGAGCGUUAGAAUAAAGACUCCAGCUAUGUAAGCAAACUCCAAACUCCAUGUCCUUAAGGUUCUAUACAUAUAUAAAUAUAUAUAUAUAAAUUCUGGUUUAUCCCUUGUAUGAAUAUUUGUCUUUUUUUUAAAUGGUGACCUUAGUUUUUAUAUAUAUAUAUACAUAAAAAUAUUGCUGACACAAAACUCAGUAAUGAAUUGACUGCUAAACUGGAAGGUGUGCUUGGUUAAUUUUUAUUUUUAUUUCUUUUGAGCCUUACCUAGAUGUGGAAAGGAACCAGAAAAAAAACUCUUGGUACCAUGUACCACUGUUUUUUGACAUGUAUGUGUACUUGAUCUAUAAUAUAUUUAAAAUGUGUUUGAUUCAAAUACAGUUAUUAUAAAACUUUU